CCACUUUCUAAGAUUCUUGUAAGUCGUGUGGAUCAUGUUGAGGAGGACACAUGCUUCACUUCAGUUGACAUUCUCCUGGUGUAUGAGAUGCAAAGGGUUUCAAGCUCCCCCCCCGGGCAGCUUUGACCAUGAGUGUGAGUGUGGCAUUCGUCUUCGGAGCCAAGCCAGUAGGCGCCUGUUGAUCUUCCACCUCCCUUUCACCCCGGACCCGGAUUACCAUCGUGUCCUAGAUUGGCAAGCAUGGUGGAUGUAAUCUGUGUUGGCAGGUGCUGCAUGCUUGGAAAAAGAGUCGGACUGCACCUCCUGAAUGGAAGCCUUUAUGGAUUCUGGUGCUCGUCAAUCAAUCACAAUUCAUGCAGAAUUCUUUUCAACUGCACCACCACUACUAGGAGCUUCUUGCAUGACAGCGCCGACCAGUUUCGUCGAGAAGUGCUGCAGUCAUCUUCCAUGCAUUCAGAGGGUCUCAGUCGCCCAUGAGUUCUUUCCCACAUUCUUCAUGUCCUCCCAGCCAUCUGCCACACCCUCUCCGAUACCCUCACACAGCACUAACGCUCUCCCCUGUGCGCCAAGCAAAGCAUCCCUUCCCUGGAUGGUCGGCUCACCACCACCAUGCCUUGGGUCGCUUGUGUGUGCUUGCCCUCUUCCUGCCGGGCCAGCUGUUACCAACCCCCCACCCACUCACAUCCAAUUAGGCUUGAGCAACGGGUUGAGUCAGGUCGGGUUACCCGACCCGAACCCGACAUUUUCCCAGGUCGGGUCAACAUUCGUCGCGGAGGGUCGACCCUACCCGACAUAACCCGACCCCUCGGGUCGGCUUAUUACCCGCCCUGGCCCCUAUGCCGCCGACCCGACCCGAACUGACCCGAAACUGGGUCAGGCAGUACUCGACCUACCUGUAUUAUCCGGGCUGGGUCACCCUAGUGCAAAGGCCGACACGACCUUGACCCAACCCGACCCGAACCCGAACCCGACCUCGGGUGAGGCAAAGUCGGGCCGGGUCGGGUAGAUUAGAUGCUCAAGCCUAUUCCAACUCAUUCCACACAGGAUACUAGGAAACAACUCUUUGACGGGCUCCAUUCCCGAAAGCAUCGCCUCGCUCACUGCACUCUCAAGUUUAGAUCUAAGCAAGAAUCGGCUCACCGGGCCUAUUCCAGCUGGCAUUGGAAACCUCUCUUCCUUGAGCUUUUUAAAUCUAGAAGGCAAUUCUUUGACGGGCUCCAUUCCUGACAGCAUCACCUCACUCACUGCACUCGAACAACUAUAUUUUAGUGGGAAUCACUUGGGUGGGUCUAUUCCAGCUAAUCUUGGCAACAUGGUCAGCCUAGUGGGACUGUCUCUGUAUGCCAACAACUUGUCAGGACCCAUUCCGAAAUCAAUUGGGCAACUCAGCUGCUCAUAUAUCGACUUGAGUGGGAAUCAGUUAGAUGGGCCCAUUCCAGCUACUCUUGGCAGCAUAGGCUCUUUAGAGGAGUUGUAUCUGCACAACAACAGUCUGUCUGGACCCAUCCCGACAGCAAUUGGGAAGCUCGGAUACAUGAGUAAGAUAGAUUUCAGUGGGAAUCGCCUAAGUGGGUCCAUUCCAGAUACUCUUGGAAGCAUGUCCAACCUAGUGUUUCUGUCGUUUGAGAACAACAAUCUGUCUGGAUCUGUCCCAACAUCAAUCUACGACCUCAGACGGCUGAGUCACAUAUUACUUGGCAGCAACGGAUUGGGCGGCACCAUUCCCGAUUCCAUCACCAGCCUCCCCAAUCUGGAAAUCUUAAAGUUGUCCAGUAACAAGUUGAGCGGGACCAUUCCAAGCACCAUGCAGAGCCUCAGCAAUCUCAAAUCCCUCCACAUGAAUGAUAACCGAUUCGUCGGCUCUAUCCCAGCAGGCAUCAUCAACCUACCGGAGUUGACGGAACUGGAUCUUGGCAACAAUAUGCUCAAUGGCUUCAUACCUGAAAUCCUCCAUCAACUCUCUGCUCGAACAUAUAUGGUGUUGAGUGGUAAUCAGCUGAGUGGGCCCAUCCCCACCUCUAUGGCCUACUGCAGUCAGCUGCAGCGUCUGUGGCUGGACAACAACUCAUUGAGCGGGCCUCUCCCAGAUACGUUUAGCACCUUGUCGAGGCUUACCUCCUUGAGAGUCGGCCAUACGAGCCUUAAUGGAACGUUGCCAAACUACAUUGGCGGGUUCACUUUGCUGAGCCUACUCAAUGUCAACGGCACAAACCUCACAUGCCCCGCUGACCACACCAGUUGUGGCCCAACUCAAUCGCAGAGAUCAGUCUUUUGUCAGGAGUGUCCUUCCUUCUGUGACACUUGUGGCAAACCAGCAGAAGCAACCAGCAACUCCAGCAGCAGUAGUGGGGCUUCCACCACCACCGACACCAGCAGCAGCAGCAGCAGCGAGUCUUCUUCAGCAGCGGCAUCUUCUGGAGGAGGCGCAUCGGUGGGAGUCAUCAUUGGCAUCGUUGUUGCUGCUGUGGUCAUUCUCCUGAUGAUUCUGGCUGGCGUGCUGCUCUGCCUCAGGCACAAGAGGCAGCAGAGGCCAAAAGGCAUGGCUGGCAGCCUAGCAGCCUCCCACUGCACGGAGUUCUCUCUGGCUGAGGUCCUCAAGGCCACCAACAACUGGUCGGAGGACAAUCAGCUUGGCUCGGGUGCCUUUGGUGAUGUCUACAAGGGCGUGUCUCCCCGCGAUGGCACCACAGUGUGGGCUGUGAAGCGAGCCAAGCUGAUCGACGUGGACUUUCAGAGGGAGAUCCAGCAGAUGGCCGACAAGAACCAUCCUAACCUUGUGCGGCUGCUUGGAUUUGCAAUCGGAGGGGACAUGAGGACACGGCCGGAGCAAGUCCUCAUCUACGAGUUUGUGCCUAACGGUGACCUCCAGACGUGGAUCGAUCCAAACAAGACGCCCUCCCCUCUGAGUCUGCAGCAGCGGCUGGACAUUCUCAUUGGUGCUGCACAUGGUCUCAAGUACCUCCACAGCUUUGGCGUUGUGCAUCGCGACAUCAAACCCGCCAACAUCCUCAUUGGAGACGACAUGCAGGCCAAGGUUGCAGACUUCGGGCUUAUGAGGCCAGGGGAGGGCAGUACAGUGGGAGUGGGCCCCACACAAGUCAUGGGAACACCGGGCUAUGUGGAUCCCAUGCACUCCCAGACAUCCAAGGCAACCACUGCCAGUGACGUCUACAGCUUUGGUGUGCUCAUGCUUGUGGUGCUCACUGGUCGCCCUCCACUCUCUGAUUCCUUACGGGAGAGCAGCCACAUCCUGUCAUUGGCAUCUGAGAGUCUGUCCUCCGGCACUGCAGCCUCUCUCAAGAACCCCAAGAUGGAGGCCCCUGGGGAUGCUGUGCUGCGCGUGGCUGAGCUGGCGAUCAGCUGCACCGUGGAGCGCACUGCAAGCCGCCCAACCAUGGCUCACGUUGCCAACGAGCUGCAGGCCAUCCGGGAGGAGGUGGCGGGGAAGGACGAGCUGAGCGCUGCAGUUAAGGUGGAUGUGCAGAUCCAGGAGAUGAAGGACGCAGUUGCAGGUGUGGGGAGCCUGGAUGCGGAACUCCAGUUGAUUGGUAACCGCUUUUCUACUUGAACCUCGGUGUAAAUCCAUGAAGCGGUGACUCUCAGAGGGUUCGUACCCAUCAGGCAAGCUGUUGCUCUGCCGGCCCGUGCGGAGUUGGGCUUGGCCGGAUGUUAGUGUGUGAGCGUUCGGUUUGGGUGCAGCUGUGUUAGCAAUGGCUUCAUUUUUCCAUUCUGCCCGUGAUACUGCUAGGGAUGGCGUCGGCAUGGUUAAGGCCUGGUUCAGCCGAUCCAUGUGGGGCUGAAAGGGUCUUGUUGUGACUUGUCUGCAGAGCAGGUGAUUGGGUCCACACCACACACUUCUUGGGCCAUACUCGUCAGAGUUGGGGGCUGGUGAAGUGAUGUUGUCUGGAGUGGGGCUGGUGUAUGUACAAACAGUUACAUAUGGAUAACUGUGUGUAGUGUGCAUGGAUUGCAUUGCAUUGAAUCAAUCUCUACUUUAGACAGUAGUAAUUUAUCUAUAUUUA